CAGUAAAGAUCCGCUGAACCGGUAAUUCCGUUAUUUUAUUUGGUACGCGAGGAUGUAUUUGCAAUUAACGAGGGUUGGCUGCUCAUGGUUGAGUUUGUUACUUUGUUUCAGUUGACACACACAACUCAGCCUCAGUCUCUCUCUCUCUCUCUCUCUCUCGUCUUUGAAUCUAGAAGAUGCUUCACAAGCUAUUUGUGCUUUAAUUGGAUGCUUCAUCUUGUCGUUCUUACGAUUUCAUCUGGAAUCCGUGAAAAAGAGAAAGAAAAAUCGGAUUCCAAGUCUCUCACCGCAAAAAAUUUAGGUCUAGUUCUUCCUUUAGUGGAUAUUGGCUAGGGUUUUGAAGAAAAGUUUAAGAUCUGCGUCUUCAAUAUGAUGAGAAUUAUUUAAUUUUUCGAUUGAGCUGGUAGAAUGAAGGAGCUAGUAAGAAACUCAUGAUCUCGGUUCCUUUAGAUAAAGAACAGAAGCUAAGAAGCUGGAAGAUUCUUCUGGCGUGAAAUUGAAGCUUUUAUUAUGAAAUGUAUUUCGCGGUUGUCUAUCGGUUCACGCUUUGGUUGAAUUGUAGUCGUUUUCUUCUGAAGAAAAUAAGCAGCUCUGAAUCAGAGAUUUGGGCUGUAAUUGCCUCAGAUGAGAUGCUUGGAAACUAUUCAGAUAAAACGGAAGUGAUCGAUUGAUUGCUGUUACGGUGGAAUGAGAACCAAUUCUUUAAGACUCUGUUUGUUUUGAAAUGAUCGAGCAUUUCAUCUAAAUUGAUAAGAGAUGAAGCGAAGGAACAGUAUAAGUAAAUCUCACAGUCGAUGGAACAAAAAGCUUUUAGCGGUGCUUUUCCUGAGCUUUUGUUUUGGAUGUCUAGUGUUGAUGCAGGCACGUUACGAUCGAAUUAGAAUGAUCAUUUCGUCACCUCCUCCAUUUGUUCAGAGGCCUAAGAUUGCGUUUCUUUUUAUUGCAAGGAACCGGCUUCCCCUGGAGAUUGUGUGGGAUGCCUUUUUUCAGGGAGAAAGGGAGAACAGAUUUUCAAUUUUUAUCCAUGCUAGGCCUGGAUUUCUGUUCAAUCGGGCAACAACAAAAUCAGUAUACUUUUAUGGCCGCCAGGUCAACGACAGUGUGCAGGUAGAUUGGGGAGAAGCAAGCAUGAUCCAGGCAGAGCGUAUUUUGCUGAAAAAUGCCCUCAUGGAUUCAUUUAAUGAGAGAUUUGUUUUUUUAUCAGACAGCUGCUUGCCCUUGUAUGGCUUCAGCUAUACAUAUGACUAUAUCAUGUCUACACCAAAUAGUUUUGUAGACAGCUUUGCAGAUACAAAAGAAGGUCGUUACAAUCCAAAAAUGCAUCCUGUUAUUCCUGUUCAUAAUUGGAGGAAAGGAUCUCAGUGGGUUGUUUUAAGAAGAAAGCAUGCUGAAGUUGUAGUGGAAGAUGAUAUGGUCUACCCAGUGUUUCAGCAGCAUUGCAGAAGGAAAUCACUACCUGAGUUUUGGCGGGACCAUCCUCUUCCUGCAGAUGGUUCAAAGGAGCAUAACUGUAUACCAGAUGAACAUUAUGUUCAGACAUUGCUGGCGCAAAAGGGACUUGAAGGGGAAAUUACUCGGAGAACAUUGACACAUACUUCGUGGGAUCUUUCAUCCUCCAAAGUCCGUGAAAGACGUGGGUGGCAUCCAGUCACUUACAAAAUGUCAGAUGCUACUGCAGAAGUUAUUCAAUCAAUAAAGGACAUCGAUAACAUUAAUUAUGAGACUGAAUCUCGAAAAGAAUGGUGCAGCAGCAAAGGGAAGCCAGCACAUUGCUUUCUAUUUGCAAGGAAGUUCACUCGGUCUGCUGGUCUCCGGCUCCUUAAUGAGUCUGUGUUGGGAGUUUCCAAUGAAGGGAUUGAUGAGGCAUAAUUUUGGUGAGGUGCAUCUGUUGCAAAUUAUACCAGGUAAUAAUCCUAAUUUGAAAAUAUGUAAACUUCAGUGUAAAAUAGCACGUAUAGAACUAAUAAAAUGAUAAACAGGUGCGUUCUUGUUUUCCUAUAGAUGUAAAAAUUAAAGAGUAAUUACUUGUAAUUCUACGUCCUAUUGUAAAUGUAGUUUCAGAAGCUAAUUACAGAAUUAAGGAAACUUCCUUUUAGUAAAAGUUUAUGAGAGGUUUUACUGGUAAA